AUGGCUUCUCUCACACAAAUAGUGUGCAUCAUCGGUUUGGCGCUCGUAUCUUUUGUUAUCUAUACUCAACAAGAAACAGCAAUACCAUCAUCCGACGAACAAUUUCAAUUAGACAAACGUCGUAUUGAUCCAAAUGUACGUACAUCUAUUCCACUUUUCCGCGGAUCAAAUUUAGGCAUUUUUGUUCGCAAACGUCCAUUUUAUGUUGUUCCUGAACAUUUUAUCGUACGACGAAAAGAACCUCAUUCAACAUCAGCUAGUGGUGAAGAUAUUUGGGCUGAAGUAUUAAACAAUAAUGGACAAUAUCAACGUCGUUUUGACGAUUAUUCAGAAAAUCCAGGUCCAAUGUUUGGUUGA